AUGGCUGAUGUAUCUUCCUUGGAGAAAGACCUGACAGAAUGCACGUCUCAGAUUGAAACUGUCGCAUUGGGCUUGGAGGUAGACCCUGAUAAUGCUGAACUCAACAGCCUUAAGACUGAACUCGAAGAAUACAUUACCGUUCUCCAAACCCAGAUUGCUGAACUCAAGCCAGCUGCGCCCGCCAAACCUGCUCCCAAGGGUGGCCGAUUCAAGGCGAAUGGUUCCCAGAAGCCUUCUGAACACCCAGAGGAGUCCACGGCUGCACCUACUACUCCCGUAUCCUUCUCGGUGAACGACAUUGUUCUUGCGCGCUGGGUCUCCGGCGAUCACGGCUUCUACCCGGCCAAAAUCAACUCCAUCACUGGCUCAUCGGACAACCCAGUGUACCUUGUCACCUUCAAGUCAUAUGCAACUGUGGAAAAUUUGACAGCCAAGGAUAUCCGACCCAUCUCUGGCACUGACUCGCGAAAGCGCAAGGCUGAUGGAACCCCAGGCAGUUCGGCACCUCCCUCGUCCGCUCUCUCUCACCCCGGUGUAAUCUCCGCCGCGGCAGAUAUCAACCCCGCAUUAGCUACCCAGGCUCGCAACGAACCCAACAAGGCCGGUGAUGGAAUGGCUCGCCCCGCUAAGAUUCCCCGCAAGGUCAAAGCGAACAAAGAGCUUGAAGAAGGCAAGAACAAAUGGAAGGAUUUCGCUGCCAAAACUAAAGGCAAAGGCAAAGGUGCCUUUGGCAAAAAGGAGAGCAUGUUCCGCACAGGUGAAGGUGUCAAUGCACGAGUGGGAUUCACAGGCUCUGGACAAACCAUGCGCAAGGACCCCACCCGAACCCGCCACGUUUACCAACAGGUCGAUGAUGACGGCUAUUAG